CGCGCGCGGCUUCUUCGGUCUCUUUGUCCGAAAAGAUGGCGGCGCUGGAGGGGCCUUUGGCGGUCCUCGGAGACCGGGGCACCGGGGAGAGCGUUCGUGCCCAGAACGUUAUGGCUGCUGCUUCCAUUGCCAACAUUGUGAAGAGUUCCCUUGGCCCAGUUGGUUUGGAUAAAAUGUUGGUGGAUGACAUUGGUGACGUGACCAUUACUAAUGAUGGUGCAACCAUUCUAAAGUUGCUGGAAGUAGAGCAUCCUGCUGCAAAAGUUCUGUGUGAACUAGCAGAUCUACAAGACAAGGAAGUAGGAGAUGGAACCACCUCUGUGGUAAUUAUUGCUGCAGAACUCUUGAAAAAUGCAGAUGAAUUGGUUAAACAGAAAAUUCAUCCUACUUCCAUCAUUAGUGGAUAUCGUCUUGCUUGCAAAGAAGCAGUUCGUUACAUCAAUGAAAAUCUUGUUAUAAACUCAGAUGAGCUGGGCAGGGACUGUCUGAUUAAUGCAGCUAAAACAUCUAUGUCCUCCAAAAUCAUUGGAGUUGACAAUGAUUUUUUUGCCAACAUGGUAGUGGAUGCUGCACUUGCAGUUAAAUAUACAGAUCAAAAGGGUCAAGCACGUUAUCCCAUCAACUCUAUUAAUGUGUUGAAGGCACAUGGCCGCAGUCAGGAGGAGAGCAUUCUUGUAAAUGGCUAUGCAUUGAACUGUGUUGUGGGAUCCCAAGGCAUGACCAAAAGAAUAGUUAAUGCAAAGAUUGCAUGUCUUGACUUCAGCCUGCAAAAGACUAAAAUGAAGCUUGGUGUUCAGGUGGUUAUUACAGACCCUGAAAAACUGGACCAGAUCAGGCAGAGAGAGGCUGACAUCACUAAAGAGAGAAUUCAGAAAAUCCUGGUUACAGGAGCCAAUGUUGUUUUGACCACUGGUGGCAUUGAUGACAUGUGUCUGAAAUACUUUGUGGAUGCUGGUGCCAUGGCUGUACGCAGAGUUCUAAAGAGAGACCUUAAACGCAUUGCUAAGGCUGCUGGAGCCACCAUUUGUUCUACCCUGGCAAACCUGGAAGGUGAAGAAACCUUUGAAGCAUCAAUGCUGGGGCAGGCAGAAGAGGUGGUUCAGGAGAGAAUUUGUGACGAUGAAUUGAUCUUAAUUAAGAAUACUAAGGCACGAACAACAGCCUCCAUUAUAUUACGAGGAGCAAAUGACUUCAUGUGUGAUGAAAUGGAGCGAUCUCUGCAUGAUGCUCUGUGUGUUGUCAAAAGAGUGCUAGAAUCAAAGUCUGUGGUACCAGGAGGUGGUGCUAUUGAGGCUGCACUUUCCAUUUAUCUAGAAAAUUACGCAACCAGCAUGGGAUCACGUGAACAGCUUGCUAUUGCAGAAUUUGCAAGAUCUCUCCUAGUAAUUCCAAAUACAUUAGCAGUGAAUGCUGCUCAAGAUGCCAUAGAUCUUGUUGCAAAACUCAGGGCAUUUCAUAAUGAAGCUCAAGUCAAUCCUGAACGGAAAAAUUUGAAAUGGAUUGGCCUUGAUUUAGUCAAUGGAAAACCACGUGAUAAUAAGCAGGCUGGUGUUUUUGAGCCUACCAUGGUCAAAACCAAGAGUUUGAAGUUUGCGACAGAAGCAGCAAUUACUAUUCUUCGAAUUGAUGACCUUAUUAAGUUACAUCCUGAAAGUAAAAAUGAAAAAGGCGGGUGUUAUGAGGAUGCUGUUAACUCUGGAGCAAUUGAAGACUAAAUGGAUUUUUUAUUUAACUGUGUUCCUGUAAAAUUCUUUCUAGUCCUGUAGUUAGUGGUAUGUUAAUAAAACGAACUGUCCAUCCUGUUCACUCCCGUAAGAUUAAUGAAUAAAUGAAAUAAGAACCA